CCUCGAGUGCAGUUUCAUAUCUAUACUGUUAUAUACUUGGUUUCAUGUAUGUUUAAUCUAGAAGUGUCUCCUUUCAAAGGAUUGCAAAGUAUGAGUUGAUAUUCAGUAUACAACGCGUGAAGGAGAAAGAUAUACGAAUUUUUAUUUAAUAGUGCUUUUGGUAAGAAAUGAGUGUGAAGGAAAGAGGUUUAUUAGUUAGUGAGAGUACUUAAAGGAAUAAUGGAUUUAAAUGAAUUAACACAUAAGUUUAUAUGUUAUAUUUAUGUCAGUAUGUACUUAACAAAAUAUCAUAAUUGGCUAAUGCAAACUUAGAAGUAUUGUUUGCGCUCUUUGUUAGAGCCUAUUAAUUAUAGUGAAGGUGCCAUGAAGUAAAAUCAAAGGAUGAUGAUGGGCGAUCAGUUUCGUAGCAAAGUGGAGCAGUAUUCACCAAAAUCAUCACCCAGGGGUGCCCGUUCUCCUGUUGUUUCGCGUCAAGAUUCAACAGGAACACUCAAAACGACCAUUUCCCUGGGUAAAAACCCUUCUAUCGUUCACAGUGGACCAUUUUACUUGAUGAAGGAACCCCCUGGAGAAAGCGAAUUAACAGGGGCAACUAACUUAAUGGCCUACUAUGGCCUAGAACAUUCUUAUAGUAAAUUUAGUGGAAAGAAAUUAAAAGAGCAGCUUUCUUCAUUUUUACCAAAUUUACCUGGAAUUAUAGAUAGACCUGGUCAUGUGGAUAAUAGUUCUUUAAGAUCUGUAAUUGAAAAACCUCCGAUAGGUGGAAAAGAACUGCUAGCAUUGACGAGUGUUCAGUUAGCUGGUUUUCGUUUACAUCCUGGACCUUUACCAGAGCAGUAUCGCUAUGUUAAUCAAGCUCCUCAAAGGAAACACAAAAAUAAACAUAAAAAACAUAAGCACAAACCAGGAGAAGUGCCUACUGGUCAAGAAGCAACGUCAACAGAUAUUGGUGGUUCAGAUACUCAUGAGAAAAAGCAUAAGAAACAAAAAAGACACGACGAGGAAAAAGAAGCUAGGAAAAAGCGUAAGAAAGAGAAAAAGAGGAAAAAACAAAAACAUAGUCCUGAACAUACUGGAGGAUUAACACCCUCUCAACAUUCCAAUUCGUGAUCUUCAAUUUCCCCGUUUCUGUUUAUAUGUAACUUUUGAUCUGAUACCCAACUUUUGUAAACGCAAUCAACCUAUUCUUCCUUAUUAAUAAUGUAUGUACAUACAUACAGAUAACUAAAAUAGUUACGAGAACUAUGUUCUUUAUUACUACUAUUUUCAGAUGUGCAUCAUGCAUGCUUUUUACGAAGUAUAAUUUUAGUCGAUACCCGAGUAUUAGUAAUAAAAUGUUUAUUCGAAUUUUAUCAUUGUUUAAAAGUAGAAAAUUCUUUUUUACAGCUGUACAUUAUUAGUACAUGCUAUGAAAUCAACAGUGUAAUAAUAUAUUUAUGUUUCGCGUGUAUACAUCCAAGUUAUAUUCGUUAAUAAGUUUUAUAGCUCAUUAAAAAAUAAUUUUCUUACAACUAAUUGAUCUUAUUCGUUUAAUUGCUAAUUUUAUUUGAAAUUGCAUAAAUUAAUAAGGGAGAUGUAAAAAUAUCGUAAUGUGUUACUAAGAGAUAGACACGGAUCAUUAGGAUAAAUCCAAUUAUGUUACUGUCAGUGUAAAUAUUAUGUAUCAAAGACAGAAACAAAUAUCACUGCAUAAAAUAUAAAAUAUAAUUUGUAUUUCUUAUGAACAUUUUGUUACAAUUGUUAGAAUGCAGUGAGAUUUGUUUAAGACCAAAACCAAAAUCAUGGAUUGUACUGAAAACUUAAAAUAAGUGUAGCAUUAUGAUACAAGAGUAAUAAAAAAAGAACAUGAAAUUUAA